AUGGCGGGAAGUACUUCCAGUUUGGUGAUCUGUGCGAUUGGGAUCUAUGCUACGUUUUUAACCUGGGCAUUAGUACAGGAGCCUUUGGCCACAAGAACUUGGCCAAACUCCAUGGGAAAGUUCCAAUUCCCUAAUGUAAUAGCCCUCAUACAGGCUUCUGUGGCAAUGGUGAUGGGAUACCUGUAUUUAAACUGGAAAAAGGUGGAAUAUCCGCCAAAGAAAAUGAUCCAGGAUCAUUGGAAACAAUUGGUGUUGAUUUCAUUUACACAGAGUAGUUCAGGUCCGCUGGCUACAACUUCUUUGAAGUACGUGGAUUAUCUUACUUAUAUGUUAGCCAAGUCAUGCAAGAUGAUUCCCGUGUUAUUAGUGCAUUUGCUUUUGUAUAGAACGCCCAUACCAAGCCAGAAAAAAGUUGUAGCCGUCUUGGUAAGCCUCGGUGUCACUAUUUUCACUAUAGGUGGCAACGAUGGUAAAAAAUUGAAGAGAUCCCUUAAUGACAACAGAAGCGGCAACAAAUUACAAGGGUUUGGAAUGCUUUUCUCCAGUUUAUUCCUUGAUGGAUUAACGAAUGCCACUCAGGAUAAGUUACUCAAGGUCAACAAGGCCAAAGAGAAGGGAAAGCAAACUUUGAUAACAGGUGCGCACCUGAUGUUCACGCUGAACCUCUUUGUGGUAUUGUGGAACAUUUUGUAUUUUAUUGUGAUUGACUGCAAACAAUGGGAAAAUGCCGUUUCAGUAUUGAAGAUGGACCCACAAGUGUGGGGCUAUCUGAUGCUUUAUUCGGUUUGUGGCGCCAUGGGACAAUGUUUUAUUUUCUAUACUUUGGAACAAUUUGGCUCUUUAGUCUUGAUCAUGAUAACAGUAACCAGGAAAAUGGUCUCGAUGAUUUUGAGUAUUAUAGUCUUCGGUAAGAGUGUGCGUUUCCAACAAUGGGUGGGGAUAUUCGUGGUAUUUGGUGGAAUCACCUGGGAAGCGCUCAACAAGAAGAAGGCUAAUAUACCCAAGGUAAAAUCAGUGUAG